GGCAACGAUUUGGGUGACUUUCCAACACUGAUUCACAGUCGACAAAAACAUAACUAAAAAAUCGACGAGAGCAGACCAAGCGGCAUUUUACAAUUGUGUUAAAUAUAUUGUGAAAUUCAUCAAAUCAAUCAAUUCAUACAAGAACAGCGCUUUUAUGAAUAUGGCCGACGGUGAUAAUCCAAUACCGAUAAGUGGCGGCGCCAAGCCAUCAGCGGGCAUGAAGAUAAUACCCGGCGAGCCGAUUGCCUCCAUUGAGGAAAUCGUGAUGAUCGAUCCCGAAUGCUACGAACUGGAUCUGAAUCAUCAUCGCAUCGACAAACUGGAAAAUUUCGAGCCACUCAAACAAAUUGAGCGAUUGUAUCUGCGAUGGAAUCUCAUCAAGAAGAUUGAAAAUCUGGAGAUGCUGACAACGCUUGUGGAGCUGGAACUGUACGAUAAUCAAAUCACACAGAUUGAGAAUCUGGAUAAGCUGGACAAUCUGGAAAUAUUGGAUCUCAGUUUCAAUCGGCUGACCAAAAUCGAGAACUUGGACAAGCUAAUGAAAUUGGAGAAACUCUAUUUUGUUGCGAACAAACUCACCGUAAUUGAGAACGUUGGCAUGCUGACAAAUCUUACCAUGCUGGAGUUGGGCGACAAUAAGCUGAAGAAAAUCGAGAAUAUCGAGACUUUGGUCAAUUUACGACAGCUGUUCCUCGGCAAGAAUAAGAUUGGCAAAAUUGAGAAUCUCGAGACGCUAGUCAAUCUGGAGAUAUUGAGUCUUCAGGCCAAUCGUAUUAUCAAGAUUGAGAACUUGGAAAAGCUGACCAAUUUGCAGGAGCUCUACCUAUCGGAGAAUGGCAUUGAGACCAUUGAGAAUCUGUCGGAGAACAAAAGCUUGGAUACCCUCGAUCUGGCCAAGAACAGAUUGAAGCUCAUUGGCAACCUGGAGGCGCUCGAUCAGCUCGAGGAGAUCUGGUUAAAUGACAAUGGCAUUGCCGAUUGGAAAAACCUUGAGGUGCUCAAGGAGAACAAAUCGCUGAAAACCAUCUACUUGGAGCAUAAUCCAGUGGCGACAGACAUCCGCUAUCGCUCCAAAUUGCGCGACAUUCUACCCCAGCUGCAGAAAAUAGAUGCCACACUGUGCGUCUUGCCGGGAUCCCAGGCGUAGGGCUCUGAAACACCCAAUAUCGAAUCCACAUAUUAAAAUUGUUUAAAAAAAUAAAAUAAAAUAAAACCAUUAGAAGAAAAAUAUAU